UCUAAAUCUGGGGUUGGUUAUAAUGUAAUAAGUCAGGGAGAUAAGUGAGAGAGAGAAAAAAAAUCGUAAUUGGUUCAGAGGAAAGCUGCACCUUGGGGCUUUUGCGUCACGCUCGAACGUGAUCUCCACCCCGUAUUUCGGCUUAGCAUUGAUCCUAUACGCCGGGAUUUGCCUUUGAAUAGAGUUAAAGCCGUGAUGUAAUAUAGUACGUUAAGUCUUCGUAAAUAUGAAACCGAUCAGUAACUGAACCGAGAAUGUGAAGAUACGAUAUAGUGCGAGGUACUCGAACGCGAUCAGCUGUGUUUACACCUGCUUGUCACAAGGCUCGGUUCCUCAAGACCAAGCAUCUCCUUUAGUUUAUGGACUGCCAUUUACUCCGUGGGCAAGCAUUGACCGUAGAUUGGGUUUGCAGGCAGCAUUCCUAAGAGAGUUCUCCUGAAAUAUGGAUACGAUAAGCAUGUGUUGCAUAACUUGGAAUGUGGAGACAGGAUGGCCGGAGCAAGACUUACAUAAUCUCCUGGGAAUAAGGAAAGAUCCAGUUAUAAAGCGUGAAUCGGAUGACCUGUUGCCAGAUAUAUAUGUAGUGAGUUUGCAGGAGGUCAAGUCCCAGCCACAAAAUGUAGUGAUGGAUGCUUUAUUUGAGGAGCCUUGGACUCUUGCCUUCCGAGAAGUUGUGGGACCCCAUGACUAUGUGAAGAUUAGUACCGAGCGUCUUCAGGGAUUAGUCACGACCAUCUAUGUCAAGCGGAAACAUGUGCACCACAUGCGUGACAUUCAUACCUCUGUCACUAGAACUGGAUUUGGUGGGUUAUGGGGAAACAAAGGAGCUGCAAGUAUUAGGUUCAUGCUAUAUGGCUGUUCUGUAUGUGUUGUCAACUGUCAUUUAGCGGCACACGACAGUGGCUACAAGGAACGGGUCGAAAAUUUCAAUGCGAUUAUCGAUUACUCCACCUUCCCAGUACCAGAAACUAGCAACAUUCUUUUCCACGACUAUGUCUUCUGGAUGGGUGACCUGAACUUCCGUUUUGAAAGCCACUUAACAGGGGAAGAAAUUGUCCAACUAAUAAAAGCCGGUGACUGGGGAAGCCUGAUGGAAGUAGAUGAGCUAAUUAAGGCUCAGAAGAGUGGAGAUGCCUUUUCAAUGUUAAAGGAAGAAAGGUUAUCCUUCCCACCAACUUAUAAAUAUAAGGAAGGAACUUCCACAUAUGAUUUAGCGAGAAGACCCGCCUGGACUGACCGCAUCCUCCACCAAGUCCACGUGGAUGCCUAUGAAAAUGUGAAACUUGGAGUGGAGCAGUCAGCUUAUACUCAUUCUGGCUCCUAUACUCAGUCAGAUCAUAAACCAGUCAAAGCCAAUUUUAGGAUCAAGGUAUUUGCCAACCAUGAGGAAAGGUGUGUACGAUUCACCUGCAUAGGAACAUGGUUGGUAGGUGAAGGUGGCCCAGUGAAGUUCACUAUAGACUCAGAUGUUGUAACUUCAACCUGGGACUACGUAGCUCUCUACAAGGCUGACUUUACAUGUAUGCAACAAUACAUCACAUACAUGUAUGUUCCUCAGCCAUCUCCAGGAUCUGGACAACGAACCUUUCAGAUGGUGUUCAACGAUGAGCUCCUCCAACACCCAGGGAUGUACCGCCUCUUAUAUUACUCUGGCAAAUACAGCAGCUAUCUAGGAAUGAGUGAUCCAUUCCCAGUCCUCACGCGCCAGGAUUAGCUGCUAUUUUAUUGGCAGAGUAUCAAGUGUAAACAUUUAUAAUUUCGCAAUAUCUCUGAGGCUCGUGAGACCUAGAUACCUGUCAGAUCUGGUGUAGAAGGAGAUGUACAUCUUCCACAACCAAAACAGUAAAUGAUUCUGGUGUGAUUAUUUUAUCUGAGAAGUUUUAUAUUUUGUGCAAUAUUUAUAUAGAGUGUUAGCUCUCUACCAUAGCCUUAAUUCAUUUUGGAAUUGUUAUUUUGGAUUUGGUGAACUAUCAACAGUUGAAAUGGGUAAAUGAUAAUAUAAUUUAUAAUACAAGGUUUCUGGAAUUAAUAAUAUCAUGAUUGCACAAUAGUUACUAUUACAUCUAAUGUGAAUAUGAAAUUUAGGGGGUAUAUUGAGUACAUUCAGACCAGGAGGAAAUGUAGGCUCAUGCAUGCUGUGUCCACUGUGUUCGUAAUUUAUUAAUUUUGUUUACACUCGAGUGCUUAGUCACAGUGGAGUCAGUUAUUGAUCUCACCCAAUUCCUUGAACUUUAAUUUUAUUACCAUUAGUAUUGUUAAUAACAUAAUGAUAUGAAUAAGGUCAAUGAUAAUGAAUGUGUUAUCACAGAUUAAAAAAUAUAUAUCCCCAAAAGUCAAGGAAUUUGAAUAAAGUCAGGCAAACCUAGUACUAGACUCCUAGGUGACUAAGCAGUUCUAGAGCCACUUAUGUGUAAACAAAAUUGACAAAACAAAACUACAGUAGACUCUUUAUGUAACCUGAGUCCAUUGGGUUAGUACUGAUAUUCCAGCAAGUAGAUAAAAUUGCAUCUUUAUUCCUGUUAAAAAUCCCGAAUAGCAUGUGUGUGCGUGUGUGUGUCUGUUUAAAUAUCAAUCAGUUUAACAUGUGUGUUCAUUUUAGUUCAUGAAAGUAGAAAUAUAAUUAAAUGUUUGUAUAAGAAUGAUUGAUAUAUUAGUCUGUUAUUAACUCUUGUUUCUAUCUUUCUCUUUUUUCCUAUCUGUUAUAGAAUGUGUCUUUUUCUGUCUUUAUCAAAGAUUUUUUUCAGAGGAGUUAGCAUAAACAUUUGUAUUUGUUAAAAUCAAGUUACUGUUUUGUAGUGUAACAUUUAUGAUGAUCAAACUCAGAGAGAGACAGACAGACAGACAGACAGACAGACAGACAGACAGACAGACAGACAGACAGACAGACAGACAGACAGACAGACAGACAGACUCUGUG